UCUCCUUCUCCACAUUUAAGUGUUGUUAAUCCUCUUUCUAACCAUUCACUUGACACGAUCAGUAUGGAGUUACUACUCUCAGGCAGCUAAUAGAUAUUUUUCGCCUGCACUUAAAAUUUUACAGGACCUCGUGUACUAAAACAACAUUGGUGUUAAUAUAGACAAUAUAAUUUAUUAAUCCCAAUUUCGUUCAGCAAGAUAAAAAACAACACAAAUUACACUAAACGCCUCCCUUAUUUUUAAAACUUGAUAACUUGACAAUUUUUUGAUUAUUGUCAGCCCCUUUGAUUAUAUACAACCCCACCUAAAAUAACCAAUUAAUUGCCGCAAGUGAACUUUACUGGUCCCUUUUAAAUAAACCUCCACGUGAUUAUUAUUUAUUUAUUCCUCUGUUUUUGUUCCUUUAAUUUCUGACUUAAGGAAAAUCACAUUACCGAAGCCGCGCUAAAAAAGCAGAUAUAAAUAUGAUUGGCUCAAUACUUGGUGGGUUUAUGUCAUGGUCGAGACUGCGAGGCAGCACCAAUGAUGACUGGGGCGAUCGGCUCAAUCAUUUGUGGACAGUUUUUCUACUUGUUCUCUUUGCUAUCGUAGUCACAACAACACAGUAUGUUGGAGACCCAAUUCAUUGUUGGGCUCCUGCUGAAUUUCCUGGACAUUAUGUCGAGUAUGUGAAAUCAUACUGUUGGAUUUCAAAUACCUACUACAUAUCAAUGAACGACAUCAUACCUACAGACAUCACUGCACGUUCCGAUGCAGAAAUUACUUACUAUCAGUGGACCCCUUUGAUUUUACUUUUUAUGGCAUUUCUUUUUAAGUUUCCUAACAUAAUCUGGAGGUUGUUAAGCAGUGUAUCUGGUGUUAAUUUAGAGCGAGUUGUUGACUUGGCUGAACAAACUCAACUUGGAUCCCCUGAAGACCGUCAGAAAACUAUUGAACACAUAGCGUUUUACAUGGAUCGCUGGCUGGAAACCUACCGCGAAUAUAAAAUGAAUUAUGUUGUACGAAUGAGGCAGAAAAUGACAAAAGUUUGCUGUCUGAUGUGUUCAAAAAGAGAAGGGACAUUUUUGGUUGGAUUCUAUGUUUGUGUGAAAGCUCUGUAUGCUGCAAAUGUCAUUGGACAGUUUUUCUUAUUGAAUGCCUUUAUGUCUAACCAGUUUUCAGUAUAUGGUUAUGAAGUUCUUGAAAUGGUACGUAAUAAGGUUCCUUGGAAAGAAUCCGUCAGAUUCCCUCGUGUGACUCUCUGUGAUUUUGAGAUAAGGCAGUUACAGAACAUUCAACGUUUCACUGUCCAGUGUGUUCUUCCUGUUAAUCUAUUUAAUGAAAAAAUCUUCAUUUUUCUUUGGUUUUGGUUAGUCUUUAUUUCUAUAGUUACAUGUGGCAAUUUAUUGUUAUGGAUUUAUCGCACAAUUUUCCGUCAGUCUCAUGUUAAUUAUAUCGCUAAAUAUUUGAAGUCUUCAGAGGAUAUAUUCACAAGUGAAGACAAGAAACUGGUGCAUCGUUUUACAACAGACUAUCUGCGAGAUGACGGAUUUUUUGUAUUACGCCUUGUUUCUAAGAACUCCACAGACUUGGUUCUAGUUGAUUUAGUGAAAGAAUUAUGGCAUUUAUACAAGAACAAAAGUGGUCGGAAAGCAGGCUCUCCAGAUCUUAAUAACACUUACAAAGAUACUCUAGACAAAGAUGACAUUUCAAAAGAUCCAUCAAAACAGCCUCUAAAGUCGUAGAUCAACAGCUCUUAGGUUACUUAUAAUCCUAUCCAAAUGUUUAUUUUGAUUACAUCUAGGGAUUAUCAUUCCAUUAUGUCCCUGGUUAGUGGCUGAUUAACAAAAAAAAAAAAAUGUAUAUUUUCAGUACGAAUUAGAUACAUUUAUAGGUUUGUAAUAGAACAGGUGGGAUGGGGGACUCUCAGCACCUUAAAUGUAUAAGAGUAUGCCUUACUAAUACUUCAUUAUAACUUUUCCUAUUUUCUGUCAGUCCAUGCUAAAUAAAUCACAAUAUUUCAACCGGUGUAAAAUGUUUGAUGGUAACAUUUAACUACCUUUGUAAACACACCUUGGCAGAACCAUUAGAGCAUUGGACAAAAUGUUUUGUAUUUCUUCUAACUCUUUACAUUUUGGAUUCAUAUUCCAAGAUCAGUCUGGCUUUUGUAUCCUUCCAGAGUAAAUAAAAUAAAGUAUCAGUCAAAUACUAAGGUUGAUGGUAUUGACUGCCCUGCUCUUCUCAAAACUGCUAGCUUUGUAGCUAAAUUAGAAACUACAGUAUUGAGAGGUGAAAUGGCUGAUAGAAUAUAGUACUGGAUUAAUUUGUUUCCAAUGUUUAAAUCCUAAUCCACCCAUGGUAUGCCCUGUUACCUGUUACUGUUAACCUAACUUGCCUUAAUAAUAGUUCAUAUCUAUUUAAGAGACUUAUUUUUUACUUUCACCUUUAUCAUGAUUACUAGUGCCAUUUAACCUAUGCAAUCAUCAGAAAAUAACUAGUUCACAUAUAUACUCUCUCCUCAACUGCAUUACAAAAAAAAAAAGAAACAAUUUGUGGAUGUCUUGGAAGUAGUUAAUCAAACAAACCUUACAAGAACA